AAUGGAUUCAUUAUUAUUUGAACAUUUCGUGUUAGGGAAUAGUUGCCUCAUAGACACAUUUUCUUGUGGUCUCAAAAACUAUUGCAACUAUUUUUGGUAUUUUUCAUGUCCACUGUCAGAUAAAUCAAAGCUGAAACUAUCAAGUAAUCCAAAUAAAAUACUCUACUGGCGGCUGAACGAUGGAGAUGAUCGGAGGAAAUCGUUGUGUGACUGUGAUGCUGUAAUAAUAAGUCAGGCUUGUUAAAAAAUGACCACAGCGUAAAACCCACGUGUGUUGACACACUGAAGAAUCCAGCUUCGGUUCGCGCUCUGCCUUGAUCUCCACCAGGCGUGAAUUCACAUGUAGACACGUCGUGUCAGCCCAUGCCAGAGCUAUUCAUCAGAAACUGAUGCCAGGCUUCUUUUCAAAAGAUUUGCCUGCGAACAUAAGAGUGCAUGAGCUGAAUGGUGGGCGUGCUGCACAGCGACGCAUGAAAAACCGCGCGCCGGGCCACUGAGAGACACAACACGCGGGAUUUACGCACGGCGGCACUCUUCAUUCUGGUGGAUUUUGUGUUUUGUUUUUUAUUUUCUCUGCUGAAAGCAGUGAUGUUUCCGCUGAGGGCUCUCUUCUCCAUUUGGCUGGUUUUGGUUCUCCUGAAGCUCCUACUCCUCGGGGCUUCUGGCGCCAAGCAGCCCGGCGUCGCGCAGCAGAUCGGCGGAGGGACAUUCGUCACCAGCGACAGGACGCGGUGCGCGUGGCGCGCGGAGGAAGCGGGGGAAGCGGUGAAGGUCUGGGUGAACUGCGAGAGGCAGGGCGGCGUCAACAAGACCAGCUGCGAGUACCGCGGUAGACCUCGGAGCUGUCCGGGUUACAGCUCCGACCCCAAAGCCUUCUGGAAACAAGUGGCGCGCGCCUUCAAGAAGAUGCGGGAUCAAGUGUGCGUGGACGUUCGCGCGCUGGUGAAAGCCCGCAUGUGUAAGCACGCGUCCAGAGAUGCGAACCUCAGACUGGAUCGGAACAGCGUGAAAAGAAGAACCGCUGCUCCCACCUCGCCGCCGGUCCAGCCCACGCGCGCGGCGUGCGUAAAGCGCGCGGAUCAGCGGAGAACAGCGGAGGAGUUCUGCAGCUCCUGGGCCAGCGUGUGCGCCUUCUUCAUGUCCAUGCUGCAGAGCGAUGACUGCUAGCAGGACGGAAAUCAGGACGAUACAUCAUUCAUUCAUUCAUUCAUUCGUUCAUUCAUUCAUUCAUUCAUUCAUUCACGUUUAGAUCUAGUAUUUUGCAUCCAGUUGGAAUUCCUUUUCCUAAACCGAAGUGUAUUCAAGGUCAUACUGAAAAAUAUGUUUUUUGAACCAGCUUUUAAAAAAAAAAUUCUUUUACAGCUAAUUUUAUUAGUUGUGCUCAAGCUAAAGUUCUGAUUUCAGAAUUGUUCAAAUCUGAAUUAGAUUGAGCAAAACUAAUACAAUUAGCUUUAACAAAUUAUAGUCAUUUUUUUAAAAGUCUGUUCAAGCAACCAUUUGUUUCAGUGCAGGUCAGCCUCAAGUGAGUUUUAUUUCUUUUCAUUCCAAGUCACAUUUUCUCUCCAAAUCUGGCCUUGCAAUAACAUCCAUGCCUCUCUGCAUUGUAAUGUAUUUUAUAAAGAACUUUACAUGAUGUACCAACACAAGUAAUAAUUGUGAAGUAGAAGGAAAUCUGUUUGUUUUCUUUUACUUGUAAAACUUUCAUAAGUGUGGCAUACACACAUAUUCAGCCCUUCUGAGAUGCAGCUUCAAACCUUUACACAGUUAGAAACAUUUCUGCUCGUUCUUGUUUGGAAAAUAAUAGACAGAAAAAAGGAAACAGGUGACAUACUAUAGCUUAAAUAUAUUGUGCCAACUGGUCAGAAGUAAUCAAGAUAAGUUUAUCCAAACAAAUUUAUGGUGUUUAUUAAGUUGUCAUGCUAAACAAAUGUAACUAAAGUAAGUCUGGCAAACUUAAUACAAUGACAUGUGACAAAUGAACACGUAUUCUCUUUUCCAGUGUGCUUUGUUAGAUCUUAUUUUGGGGAAUGAGAGUAAAAUGGUCUGUUUACUAAAUGCAAGUCACAUGUUUCAGAUUCUAAUUUGUAAAUAAUGAUGUACGUCUUUUGCUUUGUAGUUCUGCCAUAUUGUGUUGGUCACAUACAUGAAAUCCAAAUAAAAUUCUGUGAUGCUGUGAUUGUAACAAGGCAAAACCUGAAAAAUAGUUAAAUGGUAAGAAUUAUUUAGCAAUGUAUUGUAAAAGGUUAGACUUAAACUGGUGCGACCUUUAAGAGUUAAUGUUAAAAAAUGUAAUACUUCAUGCUUUUCAAGUGGUGUUUUUUAAUAAACUACUUAAAAUGCU